AGCGCGAGACGUUGUGGCAGGUCGGACUCGGAAUCAAAACGUACUGCACUUGGGACAACAUGGCGAUGUCCUCGGGUGUGGUACAUUUGUGCCGUUUGACAGGCCGAUCUUUAGGGACUGUACUCGGUUACAGCCGUGGAAAACCCCUCACAAGCCGGAGAUGGUAUAUAACUACCAGUGUGACGAACAAUUUACAGUUUAAGCUUGAAGAACGGACGGCUCAUAGCAGUCUGGAUCUUUUUAAAAAGGACACAGGUGUGAUCUAUCGAAUUCUCGGUGUGGAUCCCACCCUUGUGCAGGACACCCCUCUACGGUUCCGUGACUGGGCCGUGGUCCUUGCUGAUGCACACAUCGAUUCUGGCUGUCACUAUUGGGAGGUCACGGUCAAAAAGUCUGAUGAGUUCCGGGUGGGCGUGGCUGACGUGCUGACCUCACGUGAUGAAUGCGUGGGCACAAAUUCCACUUCCUGGGUGUUCGCAUAUGUCCAGAGGAAGUGGUUUGCCAUGACCAGCGGAAAGCAGGUCCCGGUGCCAUUAGUGGGGAAACCCGAUCGGGUUGGGCUCUUGCUAGACUACGAGGCUGGGCGUCUCAGUCUGGUGGACACCCAGAAAGUUCAAGUGGUGCAUACAAUAAAAACACAGUUCCGCUCUCCCGUCUGUCCUGCGUUUGGGCUUUGGGAUGGAGAGUUGCUUACACACUCCGGGAUGGAGAUUCCAGAAGGACUUUAGUAACGUGUGUGCUCGUUCACGCACGGAUGGUACAUGCCUCUUAAUGGAUAGAGAAGGGGGAGUAAGGGCCAUAUGGAAAGACUAAGAACACAGCCCUUUAUGGCCCUUUCUCAUUGCCGUCCUAAACUAACUUGACUAAGCUGCGUAUUUACCCAGCGUCUGUCCAUCCUGCUGCUGAGAACAUUCUCAUGUUGUGCCAUUUUUGAUCAUGCAGGUGAACUGAUCAACCUACAUAUUCACAUAAGAAUACUUGUCAUUUCUGAUUUUUCAUUUUCCAUUAGUGUUUGAGUACAGUGUGUUUGGUCCAGCUUACAUGACAGAUGCUUUUGAAUAAAGACACUCUUGACUUGUGA